CCGUCUAAGCUACGGGGGGCCUCCUUUUACAUUCGCCCGCCUAUAAAGUUCUUCUGGUGACCGCGCGCCCGUCUCAGAAACGCUCCACCCUUGAGCGCAUCGACCAGACAGCUUAGGCCGCUUUCAUCUCGCACCAUGAAAUUUCACAUUUUCCUGCUUACCGUUCUUCCGGUAUGCCUGGCACAAUUCACGAUUCAAGGAGCCAGCGACGGGAAUCGGGUCUCUCAAGGUCUUAGAUAUAGCGAGGAGAAAGGGAUCGAGUAUACCGAUCAAAGUGCAUCGUUAGGAGCUGGCGAUUUUACGAUUCAAGGUGCAACCGAUGGCAAUUCGGAUUUCAAAAUCCAAGGCGCUACCGAUGGACAUUCGAAUUUUCAAAUUCAAGGACCGUCCCAAGGUGCCAUAUCAACGUUCAACGUUCAACCACCUACAGAUGGACAUAGCCAAUCGAUUAUUCAAGGACCAUACGAUGCCAAUCAGGCUGGCACGAAGUCACUUCAAUAUAACGAUCCCAGUGGAUUAAGAGUCAAUUGGAAAUCGUACAGUCACGAUCGACAACCGAGAUUACAACAGGCACAACCCGAACCAGCACAUUAUGCCGAACCAGCUGCCCCACGAGGACCACCCCCUCCGCAACAUCGUCCACCACCAGUUCAACCACCGAUUCAACAACCAUCUUACAGGCCCUACAACGAUGCACCAGCUCAGAUUAAACAGUUGCUUCAAUUCCAGGCACAAAUACCAUACGUCAAUGCCAUACCCGAACAAUUCAGAUACGAUCACUUGGCGGCAGCACAGGCACAGGCACAGCAAGUACAAGCUAAAUAUCAACAAGAGGCUCAACCUCCGGAAUAUCGUGGUACCAAACCACGUGGUGGUCCAUCCAGACAUCGAAGACAAGCACCUCAAUAUUCUAAACAAUCUCAAGGUCAACAUCCUCAGGCUCAACAACAACCACAGUAUAGAAGAUUAUCCCAACCACCGACCGAACCUGCUCCUCAAUAUUCAACGAACUUGCCAAACAAUUUGCAAGAAUUGUUGAAGUAUCAAGCACAGAUACCCUACAAUAUUAUAGCGAAUCAAAUAAGAUACGUUCCUGAUAAGCCUUAUGUACCGCAACCGAUUCAACAGUCAAAUCCUCAAACGGUCCAAUCUGCUCAGUAUCAAGGCCAAGGUGAUCAAUAUCAAGGUCAAGCGAGUACGUACUCGCAACCACAGAUAAACGCCUAUAAAUCUUAUCCCCAGGAACAGCCUGGUUAUUAUGAUCAGGGACAAGGAGUACGUCCUGUCACCGAAAAUCAUUAUUAAAUCGAAUGUGUGAGAUUGAGAGAAAGUAUGUGAGAAUGAGAUAGACAGAGA